AGAUAGGUCAUGAGUGUAUAGUCUCAUCUAAUUUAAACAAAUUGGUAUAUGUUUUUAGGAUAAACGGUACAAAAAUAAAGAAAAAAUGCGAUAUUUUUUGACUUAUACUGGAAGUGUAUUGACUACUUCGGUUAUUACAAUUUUUGUUCUCUACUACCUUCUCACUGGAAAGGGUGAACAAGUUAGUCCAGCAUGGUUCUUGAACAAUGCAUCACCAUAUAUGUGGGCUUCCAUUGGGAUAGGGCUGGCUGUAUCAUUAUCAGUUGUAGGUGCUGCAGUAGGAAUUCACACCACAGGAGCAAGUAUUGUAGGUGCUGGGGUUAAAGCUCCAAGAAUAAAAACCAAGAACUUGAUUUCCAUCAUUUUUUGUGAAGCUGUUGCCAUCUAUGGUUUGAUUAUGGCUAUUGUCUUGUCAAGUAACUUCAAGAACUUCAAAAAUGAAGAGUUCAACACAGACCCUUCUGUGUUUGCCAGCAAUCACUUCAGUUCCCAUGUUAUCUUUGGGUCAGGUCUCACUGUAGGUUUUGUGAACUUGCUUUGUGGUCUAUGUGUUGGAGUAGUAGGGUCUGGUGCAGCAAUCUCUGAUGCAGCCAAUCCAUCCCUGUUUGUGAAAAUAUUGAUUAUUGAGAUCUUUGGUAGUGCUAUUGGCCUCUUUGGACUUAUUGUCGGAGUUUAUUUGACUUCCAGAGCAGGCAGCAUGGGUUGAAAACUUCAACCCAGUAGUUUUCACCUUUCUAGUUUUUGUUCAAUUAGGAGGAUGUACAGUCAAGGUCAAAUGUUAUGUAACCAUUCAUCAAUGUAAAUAUUAGACAUCAUUAGGUGAUUUUGUAGAAAAUAUUCAACCAAGUUCAUUGGUCACAAAUUGUAAACGGGCCUUGGACCACUCAUCAUUAUUGAAUAGUUCUAUGAAGUCACCCAAAAGGCAAAUGUUUGGUUCAAAUACAGAUGGCACUAGUGUCUUAUUGCUAUUGAUUCAAAAAUUCUUCAAAUACUGAUUUUAUUCAAAAACAUAAUCUACUCUAUUGGCCUCUGCACCCUUAAACUCAAGUUUCAUGAGACAUCCAAACAUUUGUAAUUGUACAUGUUGAUAGUUUAUUAAUAUAUUAGAUUUUACCUUUGUCAU